AUAACUAUUAUAGUAAUCACUCUAAAUCUUCAAUUUUGAAUCAUGAAGGUAUGGAUUAUGAAACCACAACAUACUUCAUAAAUUAGCAUUGUACUAUAUAGCUACAUUUUAUUAUUAUGAGUUAUGACAUCUUGCUUUAUGCUUAAACAUAAUUAUUUCAAAAUUCUUUCUCUUCCAAUAUUCAACACUUUGCAACCCAAAUCAUAUCAUCAAAUUCCAUGGCAUAUAACUCCUACCCAACUCAAUUCUCUCCUCAAUGCAGCAACCCAGAACAAGAACUUCAAACAAGCCACUCAAAUUCAUACCCAAAUCAUCAUGAAUUGUUAUACUUCUUUCCCUUUCCUCCUUAAUAACCUCCUAAACUUAUAUGCUAAAUGUGGGCAUAUUAAUCAAAGUGUAAUUUUUUUUGCAAAUAUAGAAGAUUGUUAUAAAAAUGUUAUUACUUGGACUUCCCUUAUUAAUCAGCUAUCUCAUCAUAACAUGCCCAUUAAAGCUUUAACUUCAUUUAAUCAAAUGAGGGAUUUUGGUGUUUACCCUAAUCAGUUUACUUUUUCUUCUAUUUUAUCUGUUUGUGUUAUUACAUGUAAUUUAAUUCAUGGGAUUCAAAUGCAUAGUUUGAUAUGUAAACAUGGGUUUGAUACUGAUGUUUAUGUUGGGAGUGCAUUGGUGGAUAUGUAUGCAAAAUGUAGUGAUAUGUGGUCUGCGGAGAAGGUGUUUGAUGAAAUGCCUGAGAGAAAUCUUGUUUCUUGGAAUUCUAUGAUUGUUGGGUCUUUGGAAAAUGAGCUCUAUGAUGUAGCACUUUUUAGUUUUAAGGGGGUUCUUAGGGAGUCAUCAAUAAAUCCUAAUGAAGUUAGUGCUUCGAGUGCCUUAACGGCUUGUGCUAACAUGGGUGAUGGGUUGGACAUUGGAAAGCAAAUUCACGGCUUCGUGGUUAAACAUGGUUUAAUGACGUCCACAUAUGUGAAGAAUUCACUUAUGGAUAUGUAUUGCAAGUGUGGAUCAUUUGAAGAAGCUACUACAUUGUUUGGGAGCAAUCAUGAAAAGGAUGUGGUUACAUGGAAUGUGAUGAUGAUGGUGUUUCUCCAAAGUAACAAUUUUGAAGAAGCUUUAAAAUAUUUUGUGCUCAUGAGGAGCCAAGCCGUAUUGCCUGAUGAGGCGUCGUUCUCUACUGCUCUCAAUGCUUCUGCUGGUCUUGCAGCCUUGUAUCAGGGGAUGCCGAUACACAAUUUGAUUGUAAAAAGUGGAUUUGAGACAAACAUGCGUGUAGCUUGCUCAUUGAUCCCUAUGUAUGCCAAAUGUGGGAGCUUGAUGGAUGCUUACAGAGUGUUCCAAUCAAUAAAUCAUCCAAAUCUUGUAUGCUUUACAUCUAUGAUUUCAGCUUUCCAGCAGCAUGGAUGCUCAGACCAAGUAAUCAAAUUAUAUGAAAAUAUGUUACAUCAGGGAAUACGGCCUGAUUAUAGUACUUUUGUAUGUGUUCUUUCAGCAUGUGCUCAUACAGGUAAAGUGGAGGAGGGAUUUGCUUACUUCAAUUCUGUGGAAGCUGUCCACAAGGUGAACCUUGGUCAUGAACACUACGCUUGCAUGGUUGAUUUGCUUGGGCGUGCAGGUCGUUUGGAAGAAGCUAAGAGGUUCAUAGAAUCAAUGCCUAUGGAACCCGGUCCAUCUGUCUGGGGAGCAUUGCUUGGGGCCUGCAGGACUCACGGGAAUCUUGAAUUAGGCAGGGAAACAGCUGAGAGGCUUUUUCAGAUUGAACCUAGUAAUCCAGGAAAUUAUAUGAUCCUUGCUAACAUUUACGCACGUAAAGGAAAAUCUGAGGAAGCGAAUGAAAUUAGGAGACUUAUGGGAGUGAAAGGGUUGAGAAAAGAGCAUGGAUGCAGCUGGAUUGAUGUUAAGAACACCACCUUUGUAUUCACAGCAAAUGAUAGGUCACACUCAAGAACACAAGAAAUCUACGCCCUCCUAAGAAAUUUAAAGAACUUAGUGAAGAAAAAGGGCUACAUGUCUAAGACUCAGUUUGCUACAAAUGACAUGGAGCAAAACAAGGAGCAAAGCUUGUGGCAUCACAGUGAGAAACUAGCACUUGCAUUUGGACUACUGGCCCUCCCUGCUGGAGCACCUAUUAGGAUAAAAAAGAAUCUGAGGACGUGUGAAGAUUGUCAUGCUGUUAUAAAGUUUGCUUCUGAAAUCUAUAACAGAGAGAUCAUUGUCAGAGAUACUAAUAGGUUUCACCAUUUUUCUGGUGGCUUUUGUUCGUGUAGAGAUUAUUGGUAAAUUAGGCAUGUCAAAAUCAGAUUCAAGCAGAACAUCAUUAAGGAGGUUGUUUCUACCCCCCUCAACUCUUUUUUCUGUGCUUUUUUUUUGCUUGUGUAUGUGUAUCAGUGUAUCCUGUAGUUGCAUGGUUUGUAUAGAGUGAAAGUUAUACUGGCAAUUGAGCUUGAGCUUAAGCUCCUUGAUUAAGAAUCACAAAUCUGCUGCAAUCAAACCUCUGUCCUCCUUGUGAACCCAUUGUAUGCUUAACUUGGUUAUUAUUUGAGUUUGCACAUUGCACCUAAAGAUGGCACUGGGCCGUGCUCGUGCUGAUAAGACACCAAAUCAAGCCCCAGGCAGGGCAUGACCUAUUGGCCUACUGUUCCUAGGCUUGAAAAGUUGUUACGUGUGUGGAAGUUUGUGAAUGGCGCCAUGCUAUGAUUUCUUGGUGAAACAUGUGGUCCAAGCCCGGCCAAUGGCCAGGCAGCCAGCACGCAGUCACGCUCAAUAUUGUACCAUGUCGUGCAUGCCUCGUGACACUGCUGUACCUUCUCCAUAUUGGGGUGCCAUGCUUUGGGCCGACUCAGCCCAGUGCCAUCUUUAAUCGUAUCCAGAGGCCAGAGAGACGUUUCAUGUUCCGGAUAAUUGACAAUUGAGAUAAAGAAUAAGCUGUCAGCACUGCAGUCCAUUUCUGAAUAUCAAGGCUAAACUAAUAGUAGUAUCCUAAUCGACCCAGUUACUUGCCGUGUAUGGUAACCAUUUGCCACUCUGUGUUUGUCAUAUUAGGCUUAUGGCUUUAAUAACUUGAAGACAUUUUAGGUGAAGUAUGAAAGAAAUCAUCUUAUUGAUUUAAUAUUAA